UAACUAUUUUGACAACCAAAUUCCAACUUUAAAUACAAAUAGAGCUCUUCCCAUCACAUUCUCCCUCUUUCUAUGUUCAAAGUUCAAAACUUCGACUGAAAAACAAAUUAACCCAACUCAAAACUCAUCUUUUAUACCCAAAUUUGUAGUUGUGUGUCCUUCAUUUUCUCUCAAAUCAAGGCUAGUUUUGAAGGAUUUGUUGUUGCUUCUCUAAUUAAAGUGUUUUUCAGUGGGAAAUUUGCAAAUGUACUGACCCUUUUUUGCUGGUACAAUUCUGGGUUUUGCUUUGCAAGAUUUAAACUCUAGUGGGUAUGGUGGUGUUGGCUUUUCCUUCUCUAUAAAGCAGCUUUACAGCUUCUUGGCCCAAAUGGGUUCUGGGCCAUUUUUAUCAACGAGGCCUUCUGCAAAUGAAAUUGAUGUGGAAAAUGGUAUCUUGGGAAGAGAGAAAGAUAAAGUUUUGCGGACUAGCAGAUCUCUUAAGAUACCUAAUCCGGCCUUACUGUCAGGGGCGGCUUACUGCAUUUCGUCCUGCAGCAUGAUACUCAUUAAUAAAUUUGUCUUGUCCAGCUAUGACUUCAAUGCUGGUAUAUCUUUAAUGUUGUACCAGAACUUCAUUUCAGUUCUUAUAGUGUCUACAUUGUCCGUUUUGGGUGUUGUAACCACAGAGCCGCUAACAUGGAAGUUAAUUAAGGUCUGGAUACCUGUGAAUGCUAUCUUUGUUGGGAUGCUCAUUACAAGCAUGUUCAGCUUGAGAUACAUUAAUGUUGCGAUGGUCACAGUACUCAAGAAUGUCACCAAUGUAAUGACUGCAGUUGGCGAGAUGUACCUCUUCCAGAAACAUCAUGAUAAUAGGGUCUGGGCUGCUUUAUUCUUGAUGAUCAUUUCAGCCAUUUCUGGAGGAGUAACUGAUCUAUCCUUCCAUGCCGUUGGCUAUACUUGGCAAUUUAUCAACUGUUUUCUAACUGCUUCAUAUUCUUUGACAUUACGGCGUGUCAUGGACACAGCAAAGCAAGUCACUCGAUCAGGAAAUUUGAACGAGUUUACGAUGGUGUUGUUAAACAACACUCUCUCAAUUCCUCUGGGACUCCUGCUUAUUUUCAUAUUCAAGGAGGUGGACUAUUUAUACGAAACCCCGCUUCUGAAGUUACCGAGUUUUUGGCUGGUAAUGACACUUAGUGGAUUUCUUGGUUUGGCAAUCAGCUUCACUUCUAUGUGGUUUCUUCAUCAAACAGGUGCUACCACAUACAGCCUUGUGGGUUCUCUGAACAAAAUCCCUCUCUCAGUUGCUGGAAUAUUUUUGUUCCAUGUUCCUACCAGUUUGCAGAAUUCUACAAGCAUACUAUUUGGUCUUUUAGCUGGUGUAUUUUUUGCUCGAGCUAAACUAAAGGAAAAAUCUCAGUCCGGGUAGUUGGAAUCCCAACUUAACUCGUGUGCCUAAUGCCCUAAUUGUGGAAAAUUUCGUGUUCAAAACAUCCCGGGUUUGUUAAUUUGACCGGUUCUUGUAUCUCAGGCGAUGAAUUGGGCAGUCUUAAGAAAGGAAAAACUAGAAGAUGGAACAUGUUUAUUUGUACAGAUCUUUGGUUAAGAGUGUAAAAGCUGUUCAUUUUUUAGUGUUGUACCAAUUAAUCCUUUGGUAUUUUUGCCGCAAAGGAAAUAUGUAAACAAAAGAGUAGGUGAAGGUCGAAGACCAAUAUGAAUGUAAUCACAAGUUAGAACUAUAUCAAGAUGAAAACCAAAGUUGGCAUAAAAAAAAAAUGCAAGUUUAGAAUAGCUAUCUUUUUUGAAAAA